AAAUCGAAAAGUUCUAGAAAAGUAACCAGAAUAUUAAGGGUUAUGGGACUUAUGUGUUAUAGUGGUUAUGAAAUAAUUAAAACCACAACAAUAAAUUACUAUAAAUAAACAUCCUAGACCACUACGAAAACUUAAUUAUACAUUUAUCCAACUUGUGCGAAAUGUCCAACGACAAAUUAUUAAGGGUUACUCAAAUGAAUGCAAUUUUUCUUGAUAAUGAAAUUUAUAAGGCUCUCAUGCAGAUUAUUCACGAGACAAGUCGUUUUUUACCCCCUGGUUAUGUAGCCCCCAUUGAACCUGAGUUAAACUUAAUUGUGCGUUUAGCGCUUCUGAAAAAUUCAGUUUGUCGCAAUGAAAGCACGUUUGGGCAACAACUUUUAUCAAUAAAGUACAGUAACAUGUCGAGUUUGAAAAAAGUACUGUAUUUAUUUGGAAACUGUUUUGAUUACAUUAAAAACCGACUAGAAUUUUGGAAACCGUCUCACAAGAUUAAUACGAUUAUGUUCAAGAUACACUUGGUUGUAGUUUUAUUAAAUUUUAUCAAUAUGUCGAUAUUUCUACGUCAUGGAGUUAAGCCUUUAUUGAUAGAGAGGUGUUUAGGUUUGAAUCAAGAAUACUCAACCAAAAAUGCACCAAGGCAUUUUCAAACAAAAUAUUUAGCCAGGGAGUCACUUUGGAGUGGUUUUAUUGAUAUUCUAAUCCACAUAAUUCCAUUAAUUAAUUAUCACAAAAUUAAGAGAGCAAUAAGACACUACAAUCCAUUCCACAAAAAGCCAACAUACGUUGUGCUCAAUUCACGUGUUAUGACAAUGCAUUCCAAGUGUGCACAUUGUAAGGAAAACCCCAUUUUGCCCCACCAUAUGGGUUGUGCUCACAUAUUUUGUUACGUCUGUUUAAAGGUACUUUGUCUCUUUUAUAGUAACAACUUUAAUAUUCGGUUUCAGGGUAAUCAGACUGCUGAUUCGAAAUAUGAAUGUCCAAUUUGUGAACAUAGAAAUCCCAAUGUUUUAUGCGAUAAGGUUUCUGUGAUAAGUUAAAAAUAAAUUUUAUUAGAAAACUGUAAAUAUCUUAAUAAAAAAAACAUUACAUGACUAA